UGCCCAUCAAUCGGGGAGUGAAUUGGGAUUGCCGCGGGAGGCGGCGGCGGUGGUGGCGGUUCCGGUGGUCGGUCUUUUUCCGCCGCUGUCCGCAGCAGCUCCGGCUCCUCCAUGGCCGCUGCGGUCCCUGGCGCGGUUCUCCCUGCCGUGCCGGGAGUGGGGGAGGCCGUGUCCGUGGAGGUCAGGCCCGGAGGCUUAGGACCCCCGCCUCCUUGAGGAGAAGGAGCCGAAAUGGCAAAGCUGGCCGCGCAGGUGAUUCCUUAACUUUCCUGAUCACUGUCUCCAAAUACUUUCUAAAUGAACAUUCCUGUUACUCUCAAAUUGCUGGAAAUGGCAAGUCCAGCCAUCAGCCCUGACUCUUCUUCCCAUGAAGGACUUUCUUCUGUCAACUCGAUGCCUGCAUGUUCCCCUACUUCCGAUUCUGAGAACCUGAGCCCAGAUGAGUUGGAGCUCUUAGCCAAGUUGGAAGAACAAAACAGGCUUUUGGAAGCUGAUUCAAAGUCAUUACGCUCUAUGAAUGGCUCACGAAGGAAUAGCGGGUCGUCUUUGGUGUCCAGUUCUUCUGCAUCAUCUAAUCUGAGCCAUCUUGAAGAAGAUACCUGGAUCUUAUGGGGAAGGAUUGUCAAUGAAUGGGAAGAAUGGCGGAAAAGAAAAGAGAAGUUACUCAAGGAACUCAUAAGGAAAGGAAUCCCUCACCAUUUCCGAGCAAUUGUUUGGCAGCUUCUGUGCAGUGCCACAGACAUGCCUGUGAAGAAUCAGUAUUCAGAGUUGCUGAAAAUGUCUUCUCCUUGUGAAAAGUUAAUCAGAAGAGACAUUGCCAGAACAUAUCCCGAACAUGAGUUCUUCAAGGGGCAAGACAGUCUGGGCCAGGAGGUUCUCUUCAAUGUUAUGAAGGCUUAUUCUCUAGUAGACCGUGAGGUUGGAUACUGCCAAGGUAGUGCAUUCAUCGUGGGACUGCUGCUCAUGCAGAUGCCAGAAGAGGAGGCCUUCUGUGUAUUUGUACGGCUGAUGCAAGAGUAUAGACUACGGGAAUUAUUCAAACCCACUAUGGCCGAGUUAGGACUUUGUAUCUAUCAGUUUGAAUAUAUGCUGCAGGAACAACUACCUGAGCUGAAUAUCCACUUCCGCUCCCAAAGCUUUCUCACCUCUAUGUAUGCAUCAUCUUGGUUUCUUACACUCUUCCUCACUACUUUUCCUCUACCUGUGGCCACACGAGUAUUUGACAUCUUCAUGUAUGAGGGAUUGGAAAUAAUCUUUCGUGUAGGAAUGGCUCUUCUGCAAUUCAACCAAGCUGAACUGAUGCAACUGGACAUGGAAGGGAUGUCUCAGUAUUUUCAGAAGGUGAUUCCUCAUCAGUUUGACAGCUGUCCUGAUAAGCUGAUCUUCAAGGCCUAUCAAGUCAAAUACAAUCCUAAGAAAAUGAAACGACUGGAGAAAGAAUAUACUGCAAUAAAAAACCGGGAAAUGGAAGAACAGAUUGAAAUCAAGAGGCUCCGUACUGAGAACCGCCUUCUGAAACAGCGAAUUGAAACCCUGGAGAAGGAGAGUGCUGCCUUGGCAGAUAGAUUGAUCCAGGGCCAAGUUACUCGUGCACAGGAGGCUGAGGAGAAUUACAUUAUCAAGCGGGAGCUGGCAGUUGUGAAGCAACAAUGCUGCUCUGCUACAGAGAAUUUGCAGAAGGCGCGAAGCACCAUUCAGCAACUUCAGGACCAACAAGGAAAUCCCCGCUACUCUGAGGAAUUUGUGAGCCACCUGGAAACAGAACUGGAACAAUCGCGCUUGAGGGAAUCUGAAACUCUGAGUGCUCUUAAAGAGAUGCAGGAUAAAGUUCUGGACAUGGAAAAGAAAAACAGCUUGCUUCCAGAUGAAAACAAUGUGGCCCGUCUACAGGAAGAACUGAAAGCUAUGAAGUUGCGGGAGUCUGAGGCAAUGAAAUCCUUCAGAGAGCUGCAACAGCAAGUGAAGGAGCUCAAUGACAAUUGGCAGGUUCAUCUGAGCCGGACCGGAGGGCGGUGGAAGGACUCUCCACGAAAGAAUACAAUAAAUGAUCUCCAAGAUGAACUGAUGAAUCUCCGUCUGCGUGAGACACAGGCUCAGGGUGAGGUCCGGGAGUUGCAUCAAAGAGUGGUAGAGCUUGAAACCCAGGAUCAGAUUCACAGCAACCUCCUCAAUCGGAUGGAACAGGAGUGUUCUGGGCUGCACGAAAAGGUGCAGUAUUUCACAGCCCAAAACAAAGGGUUGCAGACGCAGUUGAGUGAGACCAGGCGCAAGCAUGCUGAAUCUGAGUGCAAGGUGAGUGUGCCCAUUCAACAGUACCAAGUGCUUUGCCAGUCCAAGAAAAAAGAGAAUAUCGGUAUACAACCUCAUACUUCCACUAUUCCAGAUCCUAAGUGGGUUUCACAGUGCCGAAUGCCAAACCAUUGUGGCUGCUGCUCCAGUGCCUUCUCUUUCUCUCUCCUACAGAUUCGGCUAAUGAAAGGACAGAAGCCUUUUGAGGACUCCAUGGGCUUUGAUGGCAUACAUAUUGUGAGUCACCUGGCAGUGGACGAUGACUCGCUGCAUUCUUCAGAUGAAGAAUUGCUGACCAGCCCUAUGGUAGUGGGUGCCCUGCAGGAUGUUUUGUAUCCACUGUCUCCUCACAACACACACUUUCUGCAUGGGGCUGAAAGCUCUGGUAAGGAGAGUGACGGCACCACGGAUAGCGACCCUGAUGAGCCUACCUCUGCCGCUGAGGCCAAUGGUGAGAUCAUCUUUGCAGAGGCCCUGGGCAAAUGAGGAGCGAUGCUGCCAUCCCAACUCAGUCAGUUGAUCCCCUGGUCCUGUUGUAACUAAGAAGUCAGGGACCCGAUGGAACUGAGUCUUCGGCCCAGUGAGUAUCCUGGCUCAGAUGUGGCAUGGAGUGUCCUACAUGAACAAAUAUGGAUUGUUAUCAGCACUGCCCUUUUUUUCAGCUUUGCCACUGGGAGUUAAAAUCCAAAUCCAGGUAUUGGCCUCAUCCAUGUCCUGCUUUCCACACUUUUUUUUUCCUUCUCUACACAAAGAUUUGCACAGAUGAGGACUGUGAAGGGGCAGCAGAAGCAAUCAAUCCACAGAUUCCCUAAAAUGCAGCCUAGCUGUAUUCCAUCUCUGUCUCCUUGCUGUGCUUGGAGGAGGGAAAGGGAUUGGUCUUCCCUUUAUUUAUAUUUGUCUCCUAGCAUGCUGCUGUGCAUCCAGAGGAGAAAACUGAGUGCCUGCAUAAUUGUAUGUAAAUUUCCACCCUGGAAAAGGACAAGAAGGAGAAAUGAGCUUCUGAGGAGGUGAUUUGUUCUAGUGAGGGAGAUAAUAUUUUUGUUCCUGUUUAUUAUUUAUUUUUUAGAGUGCAAUUACUAAUCCAGCUCUUCGAAAACUUCGAUGGUUUUGAAGGCUUUUAUAUGGAGGAGCCAAAACUGCUUCUGUAACGUAAUCAUACAACAGUUUCUAUUUAACUACGUAAAGGGAUAUGCUUUACUAACUCCACUUUUAUAUCAUAUUUUCAAACUCUGUUUUUUGCAGCAUUCUGGCUCGGUGCCUAAUUGGCUCGGACAGGAAGACAGUCCAUCAGUGCACAUGCACAUGCGUGCACACAUACACACUUAUAUAAUUGAAGCGGGGACAGGGAAAUACGUUAGUAAGCUGCUGUUUGAUUCAUGAGAUCAGUAUUAAUUGCUAAAUUUUCAGGCAGCUGAGAAUUUGACAGUGUUACUGUGUGGCAAGAGACGAAUAUGUGGGAUAUCUAGAUAGCUGAUUCUGCCAAGAUAAAAAAAUGAAGGCCCUCGAGGGCUCAAAUUUGAGUUACAUAUCAAGUAGAAGAAAUGAGUUUCCUAAUAUUAUGUUUGCCUCCAAACAUUAUUAGGGUAGGGAUAGCAAGGGAGAACCAGCAGGCAAGUUAUGCUUAACCCUUAUGCGUUUACUGAUGAUUCUGUGCCAAUGCUCUUCGGUUCCAUUAUGCCUUGGGAGCAUUGGGUUAUGUAAAAUGUAAUUCUGCUCCCAGGAGCAAUUCCUUGCAGAAACAAGCCUCCUCUUGAAGAGUGUGUGUGUGUGUGUGUGUGUGUGCCAGUGUGUGUUUAUGAGGGAGGUUGGGGGCAAGGCAGGGUAGAGAAAAGAACACGUUUUCUUAACAGAAUUAGCGAAAGGAUUGCUGGCAGCCCACUUCAUGACGGUUGGCAAAGAAAGAACCCAUAAUUCAUGCGGGGAUUCUAAUGAAGAAGGGUUUGAAUUAAAACUGUAGGUGCGUAUUUCAGUUGGAAAUAUUACAGUCAUUGCAAUGCUCUUUGUAAUUCAGUUUCAUACUCGGUUUGCUGCAAAAAGGCUUGUUCUUCACAAAGGGGGUGGGGGACGGGCAACAGUGGUUGAGAAACAUCAGUGGAGUAUUACGUAGGAGCACUGCAUGUUUUCUGAAGCUACAAAUAAUGCUGCAGUUGGGACUGCCUCUUCAUUUUUGACGUAUGGAACUGAAGACGGUAGUUUUAAUUUUGUCCCCUUUCCUGAACAGAGUCCAUGUUUAAGAGUAUUAAAGCUACUGUGCCACAGCGUGCUUUUGGGGGAUUGGUGUAGCACCCAGACAUCACUGCAAGUACAAUUUCAGACACUCCCCCACACCCCAAAAAAGUUAGGGCAGGGCAGAAAAUGCCUUUGAAAGAUAUGCAGUGCUGUUUCUUCCCAAUUAAAUUAAGAAGUUGUGCGGAUUUUGAAACACUUAGCAUUGCAAGGUAUCUGAAUAAAGGCAUUGUUGCCACUGAUGAUGUUGCAGCUGAGAAUAAAGAUCACCUGACACUAGAAGAUGGAAAGGGUUUCACAGAAGGUCUAUGAAAGAGGCUGGGCAAGUGCAGAAGGUGGGAGAUGUGAGGCUUUGGCCCUGCCAAGAAGGUAGGCAAUGUUGUUAAGCAAGAUCUGUGGUUGUGGAUGGCCAUCGACUAACAGGUUUUGGAAUUGGGGAAUGAAAUAAUUCCUCCUCUCAGGGAAGGGCCAUUUCUUGCUACGGAUGUGUUUUCUUCAUCCUCUGCUCAGUUUUUUUCCCCUUUCUCAUCUGUAGUAAACCAAUCUGCCUUUUAAGUUUACCUAAAAUUUUAAAGCUUGCAACUUUAUUAAUAACUGACCACGUUCUGUAUCAGACACAUAGGCCUCUCUUUUUGGAAGAGUUCUCCAUGACCCCUUCCUUGGCCUGGGUUUGGGAGAAGCUGUUUGGAUUUUCCAAGGGCUUUUUUAGCUCCAAAUCAGUGAGGGUAAACCAGCGUUUGUGAAAGGGGAAACAAACCUCCAAAUGCCUAGCCACUAAUCAUGUGGCUGGCCCUGAACUAGUGAACAGAAAUAAACACACACACACACACACACACACACACACACACACACACACACACACGUACAGAUAAGUAUUUAUAUAGUAUGCCUAGUGAAAGGCACCACUUUGGCAUAAUCUUGUGUAUUUUAUAUAUACAUUUUACACACAUACCGAUACAUCCACACUACACUGUAAUACUAAAAUUUUGUAAUUUAUCCUUUCAGUCUCAAAUAGAGAUCAUCGGAAUAAUACGUGGUCCAGAUGAGUUCAGUUUGCAUUGUUGUUUUGAUCUGCUUGCAUCGGUCUGAAGCUCCCCCUUCCCCCUGCUAGCAGUGGGCACAUGUUUGCAAUGUUGGAUGGCUUGUGAAACUAUUUUGCCAGUUGUGCAUAAUACCUAGCAAUUGUGGCUAUUUGUUUUGUGUAGUGCUAUCUGAAUGCUUACUGUCUCCAAAAUUACAAGUUAGGAAGACCUUUUUAAAAAAAUAUGAAGUAAAUCUAUUGACUUUACUUUUUUGCAGUUGCACUGAAGUAAAUGAAAGGAGAUGGUUCAAACCAUAUCCAUUUUUCCCCCCAAUUUGGUUCAAGAUUGUUGUUGUUAAAUUUAAGACUUGAUUCAUUUGGCUGAUUUGUCCUUUAAAGUUCAUUAUGGCACAACCUUGAUUACAGUAAAGGCUGCUAACCUAUUCUAUACAAAUUAUUCAUGGUACUGCAGCUUUUUCCCAGUGUUUAGAUCACAGCUGUAGAGCCUUAUAAUACAGUUCAUUAAAUGAUGCCACAAACUCCGACUUCCCACUCUUUAUUGCUUCUACUUGUAUACAAGCUUGAAGAAAACGAUAACUUUCUUUUUCUUCCAUGCUAGUAAAUACUAGGAACUACAGGAUAUAUUAGAAGUGUUUUGGUCUAAUUUCUCAGAGAUCCAUGCAACAUCAGAGCAUAAGAGCUGAAUCUUCCCUUUGCAGAGGAGGAUUAUACUAUACCAGGAAAUAGUAUAGCAUGGUUUUGGAGCUCUGGAUAAUAAAUGUAAAACCAUGUGAUAAAUAUUAUUACAUAAAAUAACUUGCAAUGAAACCUAUAGAAAAUUAAUAAAAUAAGUAUUAGGAGCAAGAGAUGGGAAAUCUAAUUUCAUCACAGCAAAGUGCAGGAAACUUACCUGUUCAAGUUGCAUAAUGUGUUGUUUUUGGUUGAGUUUGAUUAGAUACCAGAUUUCAUGAAUAAACCACAGUAUAGUGAACUACAUUAGGUCAUGAAAAACAUAGCUUCAAUUUUAGCAGAAUGAGCUUGAUUUACCAAGUGAACUAUAUGUCUAGUUCUUCAUAAAGAAUGCAUUUCUAUCAAGCUAUCGACAACCCUCAGCCCACCCCAUUCCUCUGCUGGAUAUAAAUUAUAGUAUCUCCAAGGAAUUUUAUUUUUUCUUUUUCAAAGAACAGGCCUAUUAAAAAUCAUCCAUCCAUAGGAUCCAUAGCAAGUCCAUUAGAAGAAAAAGUACAGCCAGCCAAUCUUGGUAACCAAGAAUCAAACACAUUUGCUUUUUAUCUGUAUUUUCCAGCAAAAGUAACUUCCUAAUAUGGGUGGGCUGUGUUAUAUUCUGAAAGGAACUAUAUAGGAACUAUUCUGAACAUAGUUGUGAGUUUCCAAGCCAAGCUGUUUGUGAGACAGUCAUUUGCUUCUUUUAAACUUUUCUAUUUCCCUUAACAAGAAGUAUUACAAACAAAAUUUAAAGGAUGAAGCCAGUUUUUAAUGAAGUGGUUCUUGUGUGUUUUUCUCCCUUGCAUUUUCUUUUGUGGCUAUUCUUCGGGCCUUUAUUUUUUUUUUCCCAGUGAAGGUGCCAAACCCACUCAGUCCUUUGGCCAGUGGGACAGCCACAUAUAUAUAUAUAUAUAUUUAAAAAAUAAAUAAAUUUUCAGCAGAAUUUCAGCGAGGGAGGAAGCAAAACACUACUUUUAAGGUGCAUUUUUAUUUCUGUCAUGAGUUUCCACAGGUAUCUCUUCUCUUACCUUAUCUUCUGUGGAUUCCCUUGUACAUCCCUCCCCCAAGUAUUUAUAUGAACACAAAAUCAUGAGGAAUCUUCUGGUAGGCCUCACAUUCUGAUGCUGAGAAAGCAGACCUACUUAUAAAGUAGGUUUAACACAGUUAGUAUCUUAAAGCAGACUGUUACGUUGCCCCAGCAGAUUAUUUUGGACAGGCGAGGCGGAAGAUGGUGCUUGUGGUAGCUACCAGCAUACUUCAAUUUGCACUUUCAUGCGGUUUUUCUUUAGAUUUCCUUCUACACAGAAGGAAAUCAAUGUGGUGCUCUUUUAGGACUGGGAUUGGGAUUAUUACUUCUAUUCUCCCCCCAGGAUUGACACUAGAAUUUGAGUUACAGGUAGCCCUUGACUUAUUACCACAAUUGAGCCCAACGUUUGCUAAGUGAAACAUUUGUUAAGUGAGUUGGGCCCAUUUUAUGACUUUUCUUGCCACAUUUGUUAAGUGAAUU